UGUAUAUCACUUCCCCACCCUCCAUCGUCCACUCCCUAGUUCGGUCAUCUCGUACUUCUCUCUCUCUCUCUCUAAAAGAAAGGUAGCACAGUGACACUAUUCCCGAUCCCCUUACAGCCUUUCCACCAUGGCUGACCCCUACUCAAAUUUCUUCACAGGUCUGUUCAAAUUCAACCCUCUCCACCAUUACCCACCUUCAAACCCUCCUCUACAUGACCCUCCCUACGCUCACAACUUCUUCAUCAACCAAAACGGCAACUUUUUCCACUACCAAAACCCACCCACUUCCCCUCCUCUUAAAGAAGCUCUCCCUCUUUUGAGCUUAAGCCCUUCAAAACAAGAACAAGAACAGGAACAGGAACGAUCAUUAGAUAGAUACUAUUGCACUGCCAUGGAUGUGGAUAAGAUCAGCAAAAAUAAAGAAGAAGAAGAUGACGACGACGAUGAGACUGUGACUGUUGCACUGCACAUAGGGUUGCCAAGCCCUAGUGCUGCUGAGAUGGCAUCUAUGCUCUCUGCUUCUUCCUCGGAUAUCACCGAUAAAGAUCAGGGAGAUGGUGAUGAUUCUGGGCACCAUAUGAACAGGCUCAACAAGGGGCAGUAUUGGAUCCCCACCCCUUCUCAGAUUCUCAUUGGUCCAACACAGUUCUCAUGUCCUGUUUGCUGCAAGACCUUCAACAGAUACAACAACAUGCAGAUGCAUAUGUGGGGGCAUGGUUCUCAGUAUAGAAAAGGGCCCGAAUCUCUGAGGGGAACCCAACCAACGGGGAUGCUUAGGCUUCCUUGUUAUUGUUGUGCACCAGGUUGCAGGAACAACAUUGAUCACCCGAGAGCAAAGCCUCUUAAGGAUUUCAGAACUCUCCAGACGCAUUAUAAGAGGAAGCAUGGAAACAAGCCUUUCAUGUGCAGAAAAUGUGGCAAGGCUUUCGCCGUGAGGGGGGAUUGGAGAACCCAUGAAAAGAACUGUGGAAAGCUUUGGUAUUGCAUCUGUGGAUCCGAUUUCAAGCACAAAAGAUCUCUUAAAGACCAUAUAAAGGCUUUUGGAAGCGGCCAUGCGGCAUAUGGCAUGGAUGGCUUCGAAGAGGAAGAUGAACCUGCAUCCGAAGUAGAGCAAGAUAACGAGUCAAUGCAGUGAUAUUAUAUAAAUGAGCAUCAAUACUAGCUAAUGAUCUAAAGCCUUUGAGGUCAUUUGCAUUAGUACUAUAUAUAUAGCCAUGGCUUUCUACUGAGAACUAUAGUGUAAGCUUCAGUCUACUUGGAGAGCCAAAUUUAGAUUAUUUUUUUCCUGUUUC